UCAACCCGGAAACUCAACGUUCGGAGCCAAGCGGUCAAACAUUCGAGUGGGCGGACGUCUACGGGUGGGUUGGGGUAGGUUCCGGCUUGACUGGUUGCUAAGCGACGGGGAGGCGGGAGAGCUCCUUGGAUUCUAGGUACCAGCGGGAAGCUGGAAUUACGUCACCCUCCCCUGCGCCCUUUCCAGCUCUGUGAUUGGAGGAGACGCUAAAAGCCCUUCGCCUCCAGAGCCUUUUCCCGGCUGGAAGUUGGGGGGACGCGGGGAAGAGUGCAGCCCCCUGUAACUGAUUAGUGUGCAGGAGGGGAGGAAGUGUGCGGGAGCUGGUUCUCUGAGGCAAGUCCAGGGAAACGGGGCCCCAGCACCUCCCUCAACUCCGGGGACAGGACAGAGAUUCUUUCUGCCAACCGAUGUCUUUCUGCUUGACUGAACUGCACCUCUGGUCUUUAAAGAAUACCUUACGUAUUGAAGACAGAGACAUUGGGAUCUACCAGUAUUAUGAGAAGAAAGACUCAGUUUCACCAACAGAUCAUGGUUACUUAGAAGAGAAGCAACAAUUGGCAGAAUCACGAGAUUAUCCUUGGAUACUCAAGAAUCGACGUCCAGAAAAACUGAGAGAUACUCUCAAGGAAUUGGAGGAGCUGAUGCAAAACAGUCGAUGUGUGUUGAGCAAAUGGAAGAACAAAUAUGUCUGUCAGCUUCUUUUUGGUUCAGGUGUGUUGGUGUCCCUAAGCCUUUCUGGGCCACAGCUGGAUAAAGUGGUGAUUGACAGAACCCUAGUGGGGAAGCUCAUCUCCGACACCAUCAGUGAUGCUAUUCUCACAGACAGUUUCAUCAUCUUGUCUUUUUUGGAACAAAAUAAAUUGUGCUAUAUUCAAUUUGCUAAGAAGUUGGAUUCCCCUGACAUAAACAAAAGAUUUGAAAAACUCUCCACCUCAGAGUAUAAGAUAUCCUACCUGGAAAUACCUGGCCCAAUAUCCCGGAGAAUAGUACGUCAUCUAGCUAUCAAUUGUAUUCAAGAUAUGGUCAUUUGUUGGUGGGAAACAGCUAGUGAUGAUGUUUGGCCUUGGUCUCCUAUUUCUAGUGAAAAGGACAGAGCCAAUCUGUUCUUACUAGCUUGUAACCAUGGAAGACUGGAGGUUCUGAGUUUCAUCCGUACAGAAUGGAAUCCACUUGAUGCUAGCUUUAGCACUAAUCAGCCUUAUCAGGUGCACACAGUAGAGCACUCCAUCAGUAUAGACAAAGAGCCCAUGGCUGACAGCUGCAUUUAUGAGUGUGUUCGGAACAAAAUCCACUGUGUAACAGUCACCAGAAUACCACUGCGAUCGAAGGCCAUCAGCUGCUGCAGGAAUGUCGCUGAAGACAAACUAAUUCUAGGCUGUGAAGAUUCUUCAGUCAUUCUCUAUGAAGCCCACCGAAGAGUGACUCUGUUGGCUCAGUCUGAAAUUUUGCCUACAUUCAUCAGUUGCCACCCAGGUGGGGCCAUCCUGCUGGUUGGAAGUUCCCAAGGGGAUUUGCAGAUUUUUGACAUAGCACUAUCGCCUGUUAAAGUACAGCUUUUGGCAGAAGACUGCUCACCGAGGAAGACCCUGCAACUUAAUAAACAUUUUGAUGUCUCCAGUAACCUAAUUCAAAUGCAGUGGACAGUUACUCAGGUUGUUCCUCAGACUCCCCACGGUAUUGACAUUCAUGAUCUCCUGUUCCUUAGGUUUGACAGAGGGCCACUAGGUGUACUUUUGUUUAAACUAGGAAUCUUCAUGAAAGGACAGCUGAGUCUUGUAGACCUCAUCCAUCAAUAUAUUCGUUAUGAUGAGAUCCAUGAAGCAAUAAGCAUCCUUAGCAGCAUGAACUGGAAUACUAUGGGCCACCAGUGCUACAUGGGCAUGAGUGCUAUCGUAAACCAUCUUCUUAGACAACGGCUAACACCAGAGAGAGAAGCACAGCUUGAGGCGAGCCUUGGAUCCUUCUAUGCUCCAACAAGACCCCUCUCCGAUACAACUAUAUUGGAAUAUAGAGACCCAAUCAGCAAAUAUGCAAGGAGGUUCUUCCACCACUUGCUCAGGUACCAGCGAUUUGAAAAGGCCUUUCUCCUAGCUGUUGAUAUUGGUGCUCGGGACCUGUUUAUGGACAUCCAUUACUUUGCAAUAGAUAAGGGUGAAUUGGCGCUAGCUGAAGUGGCAAAGAAACGAGCUAACGACAUUGAUGCAGAAUCAAUAACUACUGGAGUUGAACUCCUGGGGCCAUUGGAUGGAGGAGACACGCUAAAUGAAGCUUUUGUUGGCCUAUCUCUAGCACCGCCAGGUGAAGAAAUGUUUCCUGUGAGCCUUCCUCCCUCUGGUUCAAGCUACAGACAUAUCUCACAACAAACAGCAUUGACUCACUCUUCAAACAGACCUAAAUACAACAAAGAGAGUAAAUUUGAGGGCAACAACACUGCAUCCUUGAUGGAAAAGACUUUAGCUUGGAAUUCAGAAGGAGAACUAGGAGAAGACUACACAGAGCAGGAAAUUGGAGAAGGUGGUUCUCUGAGAAUGGUUCACUUCGGUUUGGUGUAACAAAAAAAAAGCAUCCUUUCCUUGAUGACUUUAUAACUUUAUUCCUUAAUGUACCCAAAUGAGAACAUACAUGGCAUACACACACAGUCCCAUUUUUCAGUAGGUUUCCCCCCACAUGACAAUCACCAGGGGCAGCUAGAUGGCACAGUGGAUAGAGCACCAGCCCUGGAGUCAGGAGGACCUGAGUUCAAACGCGGCC